ACACGUCUUUGUCGACACACGUAGGACACGCCGCAGGCCGAUGCAAGCAAACAAACGGCGAUGAGAUGCUGCCUGGCAUGCAAGCCAAAAGAGCGGUGGGUGCCCGGCCGGCUACGCUGUCUUGCAGCUCCGUCUCUCCUUUCCUUGGGUUCCUUCCUUCCUUGUCGCUUCGGCCGGCCGGCCAUCCAUCUGGAUCUGGUAUUCUCUUUUAGAACGGCGAGGCGAGGCGAGCCGCUUACUCCAUAUAAAUAAUUUUUGUAGAGGUAAAAGGAGGUUUUACGGGCAGAAUUUUCGCGGAGCUCAAGCAAUCAGGAGGUACGAGGAGGAUCCAUCAUCCCCAUCUCAUGCAAGGGGGUGAUAGUGAUGGGGUCGUCGUCCCGGUCUACGAAUCUGGCGCCGAGGUCCUGCAGAAGCUGCAGGACAAAUGCAGCAGCAACACCAACAGGUCGACGUACCCGGCCAUGUACUCCAGCGUGGUGGGCGGCAUCAUCCUUGAUCCCGCGAUGAUGGUCCUCCCCAUCGACGACCACAUGGUCCACCGCGGCCACGGCGUGUUCGACACCGCCAUGCUCCUCGACGGCUGCCUCUACGAGCUCGACGCCCACCUCGACCGCUUCCUCCGCUCCGCCGCCAAGGCCAGGAUCGACACGGCGCCCUUCCCGCGCGACGCCCUCCGCAGCAUCCUCCUCCAGAUGACCGCCGCCUCGGGAUGCCGCAAGGGCUCCAUCCGCUACUGGCUCAGCGCCGGCCCCGGCGACUUCCUGCUCUCCUCGGCCGGCUGCCCGGCGCCGGCCUUCUACGCCGUGGUCAUCGCCGCGGACUACGACCAGUGCCGCGACGGCGUGCGCGCCGUCACCACGUCAGUGCCCAUGAAGCCGCCGCUCUUCGCCACCGUGAAGAACGUCAACUACCUGCCCAACGUGCUCUCCAUCAUGGACGCCGAGGACCGCGGCGCCUUCGCCGCCGUCUGGGUGGACGACCAGGGGUACGUCGCCGAGGGGCCCAUGGUGAACGUCGCCUUCAUCACCCCGGACCGCGAGCUCGUGCUCCCGGCCUUCGACAAGAUCCUCAGCGGGUGCACGGCCAAGCGCCUCCUGGCGCUCGCGCCCAAGCUCGUCGACGCAGGCCUGCUCACGGCGGUCGCCACCAGGAACAUCACCGCAGAGGACGCCAGGCGCAGCGUCGAGAUGGCAUUCGUCGGCAGCGGCCUGCCCGUGCUGCCCGUCGUGGAGUGGGACGGCAACCCCAUCGGGGACGGCGAGGUUGGGCAGCUGAUGAUGGCGCUGUCGGAUCUGCUCUGGGAGGACAUGAAGUCCGGACCGGACAGGAUCGCCGUCCCCUACAGCGGCUAAGUACCGGUUGUAUUGGAUUUGGAUGGAUCUCCUAUAUGUUAUGUAUUCGUGACUGAUGAAUGGCUGCGGAGUGCAUUAAUAAUUGGAUUGGAUGAAUAAUAUGCGCUCUGCAUCUUUUCAACCCCUGUUGUUAUUGAACCAUACAUGGAUCAAUCAUACACGUAGAUCAUGACUCGUCAA